UACACCAGCUACUCGACACAUCUGUGAACAGACUGCAUCACCUGAAGUCCUUGCACGGCUUCGUGGAGUCAGCGACGCGCGAGCUGACGUGGCUGAACGAGCGCGAGGAGACGGAGAUCGCGCGAGACUGGAGCUCCAAGAACCUCAACGUUGGAGACAUAGAGAAGUACUAUCAGACGCUGAUGAGCGAGCUGGAGGCGAGGGAAGCUCACUUCAACUCGGUGCAGGAUGCCGGGGAGGAGCUGGUGAUGCGCGGCCACCCGGCGUCCAAGGCCAUAGAGGCGUACAUGGCUACGAUGCAGACCCAGUGGUCAUGGCUACUGCAGCUGACCGCCUGCCUCGAGACACACCUCCGCCACGCCUCCACCCGGCAGCGCUUCUUCGCCGAGGCGACCGAGUGCGAGACGUGGAUGGCGGGCGGCGCGGCGCGUCUCCGGGACGAGUACGCCAAACGCGACCGCGUCACGCUCGACGAGGGAGAGCGGUACUUGCGCGAGAUGCACGAGAUGCGAGCGGGCAUGGCGCGGCACGAGGACGCGAUACGCUCGCUGCAGGCCCGCGCGCGCGACAUCGUGCCGCUGCCUCUGCGCCGGCGCCCCCUCGACACACCGCUGCAGGUCCACGCGAUCUGCGCCUACAAACAAGUGCACAUGAACGUCACCAAGGACGAGACGUGUACGUUGCGUGACAACUCGCAGACGACCAAGUGGCGUGUGAGCAACUCCGCGAAGCAGGAGGGCAUGGUGCCGGCUGUCUGCUUCCUCAUCCCACCGCCGGACGAAGAAGCCAUACAGAAGGCCAACAGUUUGAACAAGCAAUUUGCGCAGCUACACACGCUCUGGAGAGAGCAGCAGAGGAAGAUGAAGCUGCAGAUGAUCUGCAACCAUCAAGGUUGUGAAAAUCCUGGGACCCUGAAACAGUUUAUGAGCAUGGAGGCGUCUCAGCGUGAGGUGAUCCUAGCCGCACUACAGGAAGACGCCGACAAGCUGGUUGCCGAGAACCAUGGAGUCAUCGACGACGACAUGCGGCGGCUGCAGGAGGAGAUGCUGUACUGUAGGGAGCUGUUCCACACACUGAGCACGCGCGAGCAAGCAAGGUUCGCCGAGCCGAGGCACUAGCCGACUCACGUCUCCCUCCGUCUGCUACGUGACGCUGGGACAACGUUUUUUUAUUUUUUCUGCGAGGGAGCUGGAGGCUCGCUGCGCACCCCGCUGCCCAAGGACAUGGACAGCCUGGAGCAGCUCGUCAUACAACACAAGGAGUUUGAGAACAGUCUGCAGCUGUUUGAGCCGAAAGGUUGAGUCGAUACAGAAG